CUACUGCGCCUGGAGGGUUAAGCCGACGUGCCGGUGGCAGGUCUCAAGAGCGGAUGCUCGAAACUUUUAAAAUAGUCUUAAGAGCGGUUUCGACGGAACGGAAAUUGGACCGAAACACGGACAGGCAGGUGCAGGUGCUUAUUUUCUUCAUAUUUCAUGUUUGUGUUUGGUACAAGUGAACGAAUUUUUGUGGCUUUUGGGUGAUUACUAGAACCGGUUUUUUCGGGACUUUUAUAUGAUGAUGGCUAAGGGCUGUAUCGUAAAUGUUUAGAGUGAUUUGAAAGAAAAAGGAUGACAUGCAGACAAAAAAUAUCAACAAUGAAAGAUCCAAUAACCAAGCAGCUAAUGAAGACUCUAAAAAUGUAUCUGAAAAAACCUUAUUCGCGAUAACCAAUCAAAAUGUCCGCCAUCACGUAAUAAGCCUGCCCGCGGAAACAUCGCUGAAAACAAACGAGGUCUACGUACUGAAACAUCAGCAUUUCGAUGUUCCUCCAUUACCACCCAGAGCGGCAAUCGCUCUGGCCCCCAAGAUAAAAGUUGAGGUGGAAGGCUAUGGGCCUUACAAACCAGUUCCUCCUCCAAAACCACUCACUCAACAGCCAGGACAAGUGCAAGAAACUCGACAAUCAAGCGGCGCCACUCCUCCUCCUUACAGGAUGCCCCCAUACCCCUUGUACAACGAACCGAGUAUCCCCGGCGCCGCUGUGCUAGAACCCCCGAUCGCUACCUCCAGCCCGGUUACCUCCCAAGGACUACAUACGCAUUCCAGCAAAUUUCCUAUCGAAAGAGAAGUAAUCCUCUCCAGUACAGACAAAAACUCAAAAAUUCCAAUUCUGCACGAUUACAAGAAGAGAAGUAAAGUCUCAGUGGCUCCGGACGUUCCCCCCAAACAGAUGGCUGCUUGGACCCAGAAUCAAGUCCAGAACCACCAAAUCUUGCCUGAUCAGACCCAUUCUGGUUUAAUUCAAACCAUCCAACAGACCGCCGAUGUCAACGGUUCUCCUUUUCGCUCCAACUACCACCCAGUACAGGACUACUACAAUGGCCAAAACAUCAACUCUACCGGAGCAGUUCCAAGGACAGCGUGGAUGUCUCCAGUUGAUUCAAAUAAACCUCCGCCAAGACCUUUACCGCACAAUGACGAAUUUCCUCACAAUUCGCAUUUAGCUCAAAGUGUCGCCGUACAAAUAGAAAGCAAAGAUGUAUCUCAAAAAGAUCAGAAAAAUAAAACAAUGGCUAAAACGUAUAACACUAUUAAAGAUAUGAUAUCGAGUAGGUUCAAGAACAAUAAAGAUAGCGAAGAUAAGGUGGAAGAAACAGGUCUAAACAAUGUAGCUGAAGAAUUAAGGAAAUCUCAGGCAAAUAUAGCUGAUGAUUUGGGUAAUAAGAAAUCUUCGGAUCAAGGUUAUACGAAACAACCAGCCAUUCCUCCUCAAUAUGCCCAAAGUUUCAUGCAGCAGCAGAUGCUAGCUCAACACGCUCAACAACAGUACCAACAACAAUUGAAGAACCAACAGUACUCUCAACAAAUCGCUCAAGCUAGGUCACAAGAAAUGCUCAAUCAACACCCCGAAGAACAGUUAUAUUACCAAAGUUACGCAGCCUCUCCGCAGAGGAGGCACCCACAAGGUUCCAACCGAGAAGGAAACUAUGUUCAGAUGCACCAAAACCUACAGAACAGUCCAGAGAAACGAAGCGCUCAACAAAUCGAAAGGGACAGUCUACGCCAAAGAAGUUUCGAAGCAAGACGAGCAGCAUCGCAACCUCAACUAGCAUACGAUGACGAAAUUCACGAAGAGCUCCCAAAUAGAAAACCUCAACCUCAAAUUCCGACUCCUACGCGAAGAGGUUCGCACGGAAAUCUCGUAGAUCAAAUUAAACACGAUGCAGAGAAGGAUAGCGACGACGGAGGAUUUUUGCACCGGAAAGGAUCGCAAGAAAGAAGGUUGGAUAAUUUUGAUAAAAACGUGAAAAACGAAGGCAUUAAUCACGAUAGUAAAAAGGACGAUAGUCCGAAUAUAAUCGAUGGUCUUCAAGGUAGUCCAAGGAAGAGAUUGGAAGGUGAAAUAGGUAAAAUCGAAGGUGUUUACAAUGUGGGACAGAGAUCGGCGAAAAUCGAAGAAGAACCUAAAAUAAAAAAGACUAAUCCCAGUUCAGCCAACAGUUCUGAUUACGACAAAACUGGUGGACAGUCUUCGUCAAAUAUUGAUUCUGGAAGAGGUAGUGCAGCAUAUAGCAGUGGAAGAAGACCUGCGGAUUUAAAUAGUGACCAAUUUGAUUCUGUUCCUUCGAUUCCUAGAGGAAAGUACAGGGAAAGUCAUGAUACCGGUCAUGAAUCAGAAUGGGUAGACAUAGUAGAACACGAACUUAGGAAUAUAUUGGAACCAAAACUGCACGAAUUGGCCAUACAUGGAAACAACGUUGGAAAAACGCAUUCCACUAUCAGCGAAAGUAUUUCAUCGAUGACCCCUCCUUUACCACCUCUGUCUCCUGGUGAUCAGUCUUCAAACAAUACAACACCAAGAAAUUCAGCAAGAUAUAAACAUAGCAGUUUACCGUGUGGUACCAGACCUGAAUAUGAAGGGUACAAGAAUAAAAGUCAUACACGAAAUAUAAUCAACGAUUCAAGAUGGAGCAGUUCACCACAGAAGCAUAGAACACAGAAGAAAGUCGACAACAGUGCAAUACUGAGGGGAAAGCAAAUGUUUGGACUUGAUACAACUGAUCUUACAUCCACAACAACCAGAUCCAUGGACUUGGAAUCAAUCCUAGAUGGCCAAAGCGACUCCGACGAGGACCUGAGUACAACCGACGCCAGAGCAAUAAGAAAACAACUAGAAGGCUUAGAAACAAUGUACUCCGAAGUACUGAAGCUCCUAGGAGUCAAGAAACAUCCAGCGCGCUACCAACCUAACGAUCCGAGAUUCACCAAACGAAGAUACGGAAGCAUGUCUUCGUUACCUUCGAGCUCCGUCAGCAGCCGACCAAUCAGAGAUAAAAGAAGAGCUAAUGAAGAUAGAAAGAAAGUGCGAGACAUCCGAGGCAUUAACAAGAGAUUCCAAAGGUUGGAAUCACAUGUGGUUACGUUGGCAAGAUCGGUGGCUCAUCUUUCGUCUGAGAUGAGAACGCAGCAUUUGAUGAUCCAAGAGAUGGAGAAUAUUCGUAGUGAGAUUGCGGCUUUAAGGACGCAAACUAAUAUGCUGAAUGUGAGGUCGCAGAACGCCGCUAGAGCUGUCAGUUCCAGGGAGUUGCCGGUUUUGGCUAAUCCGGCCAGAGUUAGAAAGUUGACUAAGUUUUUUGGAGAUGAGCCGCCAUUGUUAAGACUAUUUUUGAGGAAAUUAGGAUACGAGAAAUACGCAACUGUCUUUGAAAACGAAAGAAUAGGUAUGGUGGAACUACCGUAUAUGAGCGAAGAAAGGUUGCAGAAGAUGGGAUUACCAUUAGGACCGAGAUUAAGGAUCAUGCAGGAAGCUCAGAUAUCAGUUUGUAAAGAUAAUACGUUGUGUAUAGUUUAAGAAAUUUUUAAAUGUAAAGAACUAGAAUAAAAAAUUUGAAACGAUUUAAAUUUUAUGAUAAAAAUAAUUACAGUGAAUGCUAAAAUUAGUUAUUUUUGACUAGAUUGUACUAAAAAUGUUUAGUUUAUUAUAGUUUUUUACUUAUGUACAAUGAAAUUGUGUAUAUUUUUUUUAAAGGCAAUUCUAGAAUGUUUGAUAAAAAAUAAGUUUAUCGUAAAUCUGUACCUACUCUUGAAAAUGGCGGCUUAAGAUUUAUUUAUUUGUAAGAUCCAUAGACUUGACAUAGUUUAAUUUAUUUCAUAAAUAAGAUAGAUAUAUAUUUUUGUAUUCUGUAUAUUUAAUGGUUGUUAUGACAUAAUUUUGAAUAUUUUACCUGCAUUUAUACGAAUAUUUUUGGGUGGACAUUUUCGCAGUUUUAAACCUUUGCCAAUAAUACCAAAGAUAUGUUUCUUUGUACUUAAUCAAUUCAGUUAUUUUGUACCCAGUUAAUGUAAUCAAAAUAAAUUAAAUAAGCAAAGA